CCACGUGUUCCCCAAGACAACCUUGUUCUUCUUCUUCUUCUUCUUCUUCUAUUUCCCCUCGCCAACCCGACCUCCAAUCGCUGCAAACCCUAAAUUCCCAAAUUCGUUCCCCCCAAAUCCCAGUCCGCCAUUAUCGCUUCGGUCUCUCUCGAGGUGCUCCGCUCCGUGAUCUGGAUUCAUUUCUCUCGCGUGGCCGCUUGAUCCUUCGGCCGCAUUCUCGGAUGAAACCGCCCGGUUCCCGUUCGGGAUUCCGUCCGUUCGGUUUUUGAAUGAAUCGAUCGGAGGUGUCCGCUUGAUCCGAUUUGAUUCGCCGAGGUUCUCGCCUGGUCGGGCGCAAUACGCAAUGCCGCCAUUUCUGUCGACGUCGAGAGCGCUGAGGUCGUCCCUGUCGCGCGGGGACGGCGUCGGGCGACUGAUCAAGUCUCGCUGGACCGAUUCCCGGCGGCCCGGGCUCGAUCGAACCAGGUGCCUCGGCGGCAUCGCGGGCCUCGAUGCCUCGUUUGGUCGUAAUAAUAAAGCGUCCGAUGCGCCCAAGGACGUCCCGAUUGGUUCCGGGCGGCCGUGCGGCGGUGGCAUUAUGCAGAGGAGGCGGUUCCUGGGAUGCGGGGAUGGUGAGGAAGGAGGCAUUUUGGCAAAGGUUUACGAGGAGAAGCGCGUUUUGGGGUACUCUCCAGAACAACUGUUCGACGUGGUUGCGGCUGUCGACUUGUAUCAUGGGUUUGUACCGUGGUGUCAGCGGUCGGAGAUACUGCGGUACAAUCCGGAUGGGUCUUUCGAUGCUGAGCUGGAGAUUGGUUUCAAAUUUCUAGUUGAGAGUUAUGUUUCUCAUGUAGAGUUGAACAGACCAAGGACAAUCAAGACGACAGCAUCGGAGAGUACCGUUUUUGACCAUUUGAUAAAUAUUUGGGAGUUCAAUCCAGGACCAGUUCCAGGAUCUUGUAGCCUUUACUUUUUGGUGGAUUUUAAGUUUCAGUCCCCACUUUACCGGCAGGUGGCGUCGGUCUUCUUCAAGGAAGUGGUUGCCCGACUGGUUGGCUCAUUCAAUGAACGUUGCCGCUUGAUUUAUGGACCUGGGGUCCGAGUCCAUGAAGAGUCUUACGGACAGAGGGCUUGAAGUUUGAGUGAGCCUCGUGUUGAUCUUAGUCCUUUUGCUAUCUAUUCCCAUGAGUGGCCAUCGGGUCAAUGGGCAAUGAAUAUUGAUCCCCUUCUGUGGUUGCUGCCCCCAGCACAUUGCCAUUUUGUUUAUCGUAGUGGGCCUUUCUAGCCAAGGGAUAAAGCCUCAAGAGCGAGCUAUCAUUAUAUGUUGCGGAUAGAUAACAUCAGCUGUAUCAAUUUUUGCAAUUCUUUGAAUAUUUUCCCCCCUAGUUGGGGAUUCAUGGAAUCAAAAGUACAUUUUAAUUU